CCGGUCCCCGCGCGCCCCCCACCACCGGCCCGGCCCCGCGCGCCCCCCGCCCGCCAGCAUCCCUGUCGGGGCGCGCCGCCCUCCGCCGCCUCCGCCUCCGUCUCCGCCCCCACGGCGCGGCCGCCUGCUCCGAGCGCGGCUGCCCCGGCCGGCGGCGGCGCGAUGGGCUGCGGGAACUCCACGGCCACCAACGCGGGCGCGGGCCGAGGCCCUGCAGGAGCAGCCAAAGAUGUAACAGAAGAAUCUAUAACAGAAGAUGACAAGAGGAGAAACUACGGAGGGGUGUACGUGGGUCUCCCAUCUGAAGCUGUCAGCGCGGUUCCCAGUCAGAGCAAGACUGUACGCAAAAAUUAGAAGACACUAAUCCGACUGGAUAAUCACAAGCUUGCUUGUUGAGACGUGUCAGGGGUUUCAUUCCCUGGCACACUGUCACAGGAUGCAGACAUUGCCGCGGGAAUUCUGAACAGCCGCCUGCUCCAACACACCACAGCCCUCACAGUCCUCACAGCUCUAUAGAGUAGCUCAAACAUUCGUCCAGGCCGAAUGUUGUGGUACCAGAAAGGGUAAAGGCUAAACAGUAUGCCCUCGUCCGUGGAACUUUCUGGCAGCCCGCCCCCACCCCCGCCCCGAGAAUGGCACACCAAGGCAUGCGUGCUGCCCUGCGCCCACACGGGCUCUGCUGCCCUCCAUCCUCAGCCCCGAUCCCCUCGCGACAGGACACGGCUCUCCAGGACCACGUCUUCCCACGGAUACUUUCUGGGUAGUUUUGAUAUAACAGAAUCUCUCUUCUAUCUAUAACUUCAAAUCAUAAGGCACUAUAAAUGAAUGACCGGAAGUAAUACAUCUGUUGGCUCUCUCUCACUAUUUUUUUUACUUCAUGUUAAUUUGUAGCUAUAAAAUUAAUUCACUGGAUUCUUAGUUAUUUCUCUUUCCCCUUUUAAUUGUUUUUAUGAGGCUAUCAUAAUUUUCAUGUCAGAGACUCUCCUUUAUCAGCAACAAUGUCUUGCACCACAAUAUUUUAAAAUAAAUGACUGAAAUGUGCAUGACCCGUUCGUAUUUUGAUGAACUUCCAAUGUUCUUUCGCCAAAGGCUUAUGUAACCUCGAAUAUUUCAUGGCCGUUGGGUCUCUCAGUCACUCUUCCUAAUGAUCCGGGCAUCUCGUCCUGGUGGUUAGUGGGAUAUUUGGAAAUUUCUUAUCUAAAGAACGACUGUGUAUGUCCACUUGAUACUGCAAUGUACAUGACUCGGUUUACCACUGUAUUUCAACAAUUAAAAUAUUUUUAUCCCUCUUUA